UAUUUCUUUUUUCUUUUGGAUAUUUGGAUUGGCCACAAAGCAAUAAGACUUAAAAGCACUUUUCUGUCAAUAUCAGGAGUUAUGCUGCAGAGACAACUGGUCUGGUUGCCUUUAUUUCUUUCUUUCUGCGCUACCCUGCAUGCUCAAGAUGAAGAGAAGGAAGAUGAGACCACUUUUGAUCUAUUUAAAGUCAGUAAAAUAAACAAGAAGACUUUCGGAGUCAAAGUUUUUCGUGGACAUGACUCCAGCUCUCCAGCAUAUCGAUUCCUACGUUUUACUCACAUACCACCUGUACAAUCUGAAAAGAUGAGACAAAUUAUUGAUCUAAUGCAGCUAAAUGAAGGUUUUAUCCUCACUGCCACCAUAAAACAAGACAAACAAAACCGAGGAACAAUUUUUGCCAUAGAAGGUCCUGGCAUUUCCAACAGAUUGUUUGAGCUAGUUUCAAAUGGACGAGCCAAUACUCUAGACUUGAUUUACUGGGUAGAGGGGACACAGAAUGUGAUAUCCUUGGAGGACGUUGAACUGGCAGACUCUCACUGGAAAAAUAUUACAGUUCAACUUACGGGUGAAAACUUCAACCUCUAUGUUGGUUGUGACCUUAUCGACAGCUUCCGCCUGGAGGAAACCUUCUAUGAGCAUCUGAAAGCUGAUAACAAUAAGAUGUAUUUGGCGAAGGGCUCCAUACAAGAAAACCACUUUAGGGGACUGCUUCAAAAUGUUCGCUUAAUAUUUGACACUUCACUUGAAGAUGUAUUGAGGAAGAAAGGUUGUCAGCUAAGCCACAGAGGUGACAAUGCGAUCAGUGAAAGAACGGAAAUUAUCCAUCUCUCCCCCAUCACUGAAUAUGUUGGAAAAAAGGAAGACAGGCAGGUGGACUUUUGUGACCGGUCUUGUGAAGAGUUAGGGAAGAUGUUCACUGAGCUGUCCAGCAUACGUCAUGUUGUUAAUAAUCUGCUUGAUAACCUCCAAAAAGUGUCUGAAGAAAACCAGGAGUUGUGGGAACUGAUUGGCACAAACAGAUCAAUCAGAAACCAGUCAAUGUGCUGGCAGGACGGACGUGUCUUUGCUGAUAAUGAAGACUGGAUUGUAGACAGUUGUACAAAAUGCACAUGUCAGAAUUACAAAACCGUUUGCCAGCAGAUCACAUGCCCAAUGGUGAACUGUGACAGCCCAACAUUCAUUGAAGGAGAGUGUUGCCCUGUGUGUUUCUCAAAAGAUAGUGAGGCUGGCUGGUCACCGUGGUCUGAGUGGACCGAAUGCUCUGUAACCUGUGGCUCUGGAACACAACAACGCGGAAGAUCGUGUGAUGCUACCAGUAGCACGUGUGCCGGCUCAUCAAUCCAAACUAGAACAUGUAAUCUUGGGAAAUGUGACAACCGCAUACGUCAGGAUGGGGGUUGGAGUCAUUGGUCUCCAUGGUCGGCAUGUUCUGUGACGUGUGGAACUGGCAACAUCACUCGUAUCCGUCUGUGUAACUCUCCCAAGCCACAGCUAGGAGGGAAAGACUGCACGGGAAGUGGACGUGAAACAAAACAGUGUGAAGGAGUGCCGUGCCCAAUUAAUGGUAAAUGGGGCCCUUGGUCACCAUGGUCUAGCUGCAGCGCCACCUGUGCUGGAGGUCUGCGAGAUAGAUCCCGUCUUUGUAAUAACCCCAAGCCGCAAUAUGGAGGGAAGAAAUGUGCCGGAGAUACUAAAGAAAAGGAGAUGUGUAAUAAGCAAGAUUGUCCUAUUGAUGGUUGUUUAUCUAGUCCCUGCUUUCCUGGUGCCGAAUGCAACAGCUACCCUGAUGGAUCCUGGUCAUGUGGCGGAUGCCCUGUUGGCUAUAUUGGCAAUGGAACAUUUUGUGAGGAUCUUGACGAGUGCGCACUGGUUCCUGAUGCUUGCUUCACGUUUGGUGGUGUCCACCGAUGUGUGAAUACAGACCCAGGCUUCCACUGUCUGCCAUGCCCACCUCGCUACAAAGGCAGUCAGCCAUUUGGUGUUGGAUUAGAAGUUGCAAAGAAAGACAAGCAGGAGUGUGAACCAGUAAAUCCCUGCAAAGACAAAACGCACAACUGCCACAAGUACGCAGAAUGCAUUUAUAUUGGUCACUUCAGCGAGCCGUCCUACAAGUGUGAAUGUCGAACAGGUUAUGCAGGUGAUGGCAUUAUUUGCGGAGAAGACUCUGAUUUAGACGGAUGGCCAAAUAAUAACCUGGUGUGUGCUGCCAAUGCUACCUAUCACUGCAGCAAGGAUAACUGCCCACUACUGCCUAACUCUGGACAAGAGGACUUUGACAAGGAUGGGGUCGGUGAUGCUUGUGACAAAGACGAUGAUAAUGAUGGAGUAGAUGAUGAAAAGGAUAAUUGUCCUCUGCUUUUUAACCCACGGCAAUUUGACUAUGACAAGGAUGAAGUGGGAGACCGAUGUGACAACUGUCCCUAUGUGCACAACCCUGCUCAGAUUGACACUGAUAAUAACGGAGAAGGAGAUGCUUGUUCAGUGGAUAUUGAUGGUGAUGAUAUCUUAAAUGAGUUGGAUAACUGUCCCUAUGUGUACAAUACUGACCAAGCCGAUACAGAUAAAGAUGGAGUAGGCGAUCAGUGUGAUAACUGUCCUUUGAUGAACAACCCUGACCAGACAGAUGUGGAUAAUGACCUUGUCGGAGACCAGUGUGAUAGCAAUGAAGACAUUGAUGAAGACGGCUACCAGAACAAUUUGGACAACUGUCCCUACAUACCUAAUGCAAACCAAGCUGAUCAUGAUAAUGAUGGGAAAGGGGAUGCCUGUGAUUCAGAUGAUGACAAUGACGGUAUUCCUGAUGAUAGAGACAACUGUCGACUCACCUAUAAUCCUGACCAAAAGGACUCAAAUGGUGAUGGGCGAGGUGACGCCUGCAAAGAUGAUUUUGAUAACGACAGCAUUCCCGAUAUCUAUGAUGUUUGCCCAGAGAACAGUGGGAUUAGUGAAACUGACUUUAGGAAGUUCCAGAUGGUUCCUUUGGAUCCAAAGGGGACAGCACAAAUUGAUCCCAAUUGGGUUAUUCGCCAUCAGGGCAAAGAACUGGUGCAGACUGCCAAUUCUGAUCCUGGCAUAGCUGUAGGCUUUGAUGAAUUCAGCGCAGUGGAUUUCAGUGGAACAUUCUAUGUGAACACCGACCGUGAUGACGAUUAUGCGGGCUUUGUGUUUGGCUAUCAGUCCAGCAGCAGGUUCUAUGUGCUCAUGUGGAAGCAAGUCACACAGACAUAUUGGGAGGAUAAGCCAUCUAGAGCCUAUGGUUACUCUGGGGUGUCAUUAAAAGUUGUUAAUUCCACAACAGGCACUGGGGAACACCUGCGAAAUGCUCUGUGGCAUACUGGAAAUACACCAGGAGAGGUAAGAACAUUGUGGCACGAUCCCAAGAAUGUUGGCUGGAAAGACUAUACUGCUUACAGGUGGCAUCUGACUCACAGACCAAAGACUGGUUUCAUUAGAGUUGUUGUGUUUGAAGGAAAACAGAUCAUGGCAGACUCUGGGCCACUCUACGACAAGACAUACGCAGGUGGACGGCUAGGACUCUUUGUAUUCUCCCAGGAAAUGGUAUUUUUCUCCGAUCUCAAGUAUGAAUGUAAAGAUUUUUAAGAUAUAGUUGAUGUUAUAUGGGUACAGUAGUUUACUGUACAUCCUGUGCGACAAAGACACCUCAACUCAACCUAGUCCUCCUAACCAUCAUUAAUAUUACCUAUUGCCUUGAGGGAAGGUAAUGCCUACAUAACUUCUAAGAACUGAUUUGAAGAGGAGCAAACUGAAAAAUUGAAGCGCGUCAAACAAGAGGAGCAAAAAUGACUUAUUUCACAAUAUUUAGAUAAUGUUAGUUAUAAAUCAACAGUAUAGAGAUGGGUGAUUUUGUGAAACAUUUCCUAAAUGAAAACAUGAAUAAUGUUGUUAUAUUGAAGGUGUAAUUUAUGUCACCUAUGAUGUUUUCACUAACUCACUAGUUUUUAUAUGCUGGAUUUAGCAUAUUUUUAAAGGCAGUCUACUUAGUAGGUUUAAAAAAUAUGCUCAUCCACUUCAACGUGGGGGUAAAUAUACCAAGUGGCACUUUUCAGAGCUGCCACGUCUUCAGAGGUGGCAAUAAUGUUAAAUAUUGUUCUUGUUUUUAAUAUUAUUGCCCCUAUAAAUCUAGCCACUGAAACCAAUGAAGACACAAGAGUUUUUAUAAACACUGCUUAGUAGAUUUAUCCCUUGAAGUUGAUCGUUCCAGAUUGUGUAUUUGUAAUAUUGACCAACUCUUUGUUACGUUUGUUUAAAAAAAAAAAGAAAAGAAAGAAAAAUAGAUCUAUUUUCUGAGGUUCAUUGUUGAUAAUAUGUCUUUAAGUAAAUGAAAAACAUUGUACCUACAGUACACCUAAUCAGACAACCUGGAAUUGUGUAAUAUUAUACUUAUGAAUAGCACCUUGUACAGCAAAAAAAAAAAAAAAUAUUUGUAAAGCCAAGGAUUGGUUUUGGUGAAAUAAUAGCCUCAAAAUCUAGUUAACAGAAGUGUACAAAACUAGCUAUUGUAUUAUUUAAGAUACAUUUGUAAACAUAUGUAGGUUAAUAUACUUAUAUAGGUAAAUUAAAUUAUGUCCUAGCUAAUUAUUCACAUUUGAAUUGCAAAGCAGUUUAUUGGAUACACAGAAACACUACAAAACUGUUUCAUGUCUGCUUUUUUCAAAAAAUAGAGAAAUAUUCCUAGGCCAAGACUUAUUUAUAAUAUUAAUGUAACAGAAUUUACAAAAGCAAAACUUAGUAAUUGGUUACAGAGCCGAUGAGCCACCAGGUGAACCUAGGCUGUUGAUUGGGUCCCAGUGAUUAGGGGGCACAUAUUCACUUGAUUAGUAACAUAAUGUUGCUCUUGCAUUGUUUUAAUGCCAGUCCUACACAAAUUACUAACUUAUGACAUGAAGGUGAAGCAGCCAGCAGUUUUUUUACAUGUGCAGCUACUAGCUACUGCACCUCAAGGUCAGUGUUUAGCUGGAAAUGUGGCACUUGACUUUGAUGUCACUAUUAUCACGCCAGGGUCAUAAUGAGGGAUGUUGGUGUGCAAGCUCAGCUUCGCAAUCGGCGCGACGACUAUUACUCCUCAACAUGAUGUCAUAUGUUUCGGCCAAGGCCUGCACAGGGUACAGUAUUGCUCUGCACAACACUCCCAGUUUGAGAAAGAGAGGAUUCUGUCCCCUCCUUCCACUGCUUGGGUUAGAAACAGUGGGAGUGGGUGGAACACCCAUAGAGGUAGACAUGCGCUACUUCCAAGAAGGGGGUGGAGGUAAGCAUUGCUGCCCAUGGCUUGGGUCAGGUCUGAAAUGUUGCAAAGUAGUUGAUUUUUUUAUGAAGUAUUUAUGCCACGAUGAUGGGUAUACAGUAGCAUAAAACUACUAAACAAUUUAGAUCAAUAUUGUUACAUUUUUAUUAAUUUAAUUAUUGUACCAAGGAGCAGAAAGAUUACUAUUGCGCUGGUAACCGUUUCUUUCAUGUGUAGCUUUUAACUAAUUAAAAUAAGAAUUUACUUACCGAUAAUUCUAUUUCUCGUAGUCCGUAG